UUUCAGAAAUGGAGGAAGAACACUGUUUACACGAAUGUGAAAGUUACAUUCAAAGCCAUAACAUUCAAUUGUUAUUAAAAGAUUGUAUUGUACAGCUUUGUGUUAAUAAGCCAGAAAAUCCAGUUACGUUUCUCAGACAAUAUUUUCAAAAAUUGGAACGGGAGCAAGUGAAAGCGGCUGCGGCAGCUGCGGCUGCAUCCGAAGGCGAAGCAGAUGGAGAACUGUCGCCUCUGCCCGUGCCUGGAGGGCAGCUGCCGCGGCGACGCGGCGGCAUCAGCGCGGAGCCCAUGACGGAGGAGGAUGUUACUAGUUAUGUUAAAAAGGUGGUGCCAAAAGACUACAAGACUAUGGGUGCCUUGUCCCGUGCCAUCGCUUCCAACGUGCUGUUCACACACCUGGACGAGUCGGAGCGGGCGGACAUGUUCGACGCCAUGUUCCCGGUGCAGUUCCUGCCCGGCGAGACCGUCAUACGGCAGGGGGACGAGGGGGACAACUUCUAUAUUAUACACUCGGGCGAAGUCGAGGUGCUGGUGAACGGCGAGCCGGUGACGAGCAUCGGCGAGGGCGGCAGCUUCGGCGAGCUGGCGCUCAUCUACGGCACGCCGCGCGCCGCCACCGUGCGCGCGCGCACCGCGCUCAAGCUGUGGGGGCUCGACCGCGACUCCUACCGCCGCAUCCUCAUGGGCUCCACCAUCCGCAAGCGCAAGAUGUACGACGAGUUCCUGUCGCGCGUCUCCAUACUAGAAAGCUUAGAGAAAUGGGAGCGGCUGACGGUCGCGGACGCGCUGGAGCCCGUGUCGUUCACCGACGGCGAGACCAUCGUGCGUCAGGGCGAGCCCGGCGACGACUUUUAUAUUAUUGUUGAAGGUACGGCAGUGGUGCUGCAGCAACGCAGCGGGCAGGCGGAAGGCGCGGCCGUGGAGGUGGGCCGCCUGGGCCCCUCCGACUACUUCGGCGAGAUCGCGCUCCUGCUCGACCGACCGCGCGCCGCCACCGUGCGCGCCGCCGGCCCGCUCAAGUGCGUCAAGCUCGACCGCGCCAGGUUCGAGCGCGUGUUGGGGCUGUGCGCUGACAUCCUGAAGCGCAACAUUGCACAGUACAAUAGUUUUGUGUCUCUGUCCGUGUAACAAGUGUUCAAUGAACUCCAUUAUAACUUAAUAUUUAAGUAUAGUAAUAUUAGACUCAAACCUGUAUGUGUAUGGGUUUGAGUUAAACUUUUUAUACGAAAACAAACAGAAACCAGAAAACACUAAAGCUUACAAAAUGUGUGGUAUGAUAAUAUUUAUAUGUAUAUACUUAAUAUCUUUAUUUCCUUAAUAAUGUUUAAAUGUAGUGAUUUAUUUUGUAAAAAGUAUGUGUUCUUUCUUAUUUAUAAUUGAUGCCAAGUUUAUGGGUCUGCCUGCCAAAAGUCAUACCAUAACGUACAAAAAAUGGUCAUAAAAUUAAUAAUAGUACAUUACGAUAUAAGUGCGAUAAUUAGGAAAUUCGCACCGGCGAUAAAUUAAAAAACGACCGACGGGAGUGUUUUAAAUCGAUACGAGUUGCGAAUUACCUAUACGCAAUUCGCACGUGUAUCGUACAACGAUUUACAGUACAUAUGGCUCUUUAAAUUUUCGAUAUAGACACGAAAAGUGCUAAUUACCACACUAGUGCGGUAAAGUACAGGUUGAUUCACGAAAGCGUAUGGAAUGAAACUUUCAUUGUAUGAUUGACACCUAGCCUGUAGGUAAAUAAAGUCAGAGCCACCAUUCUAUUCAUGGAGACUAUCCAUAAUUCUAUUGGUGAAUGUGAUACAUACGUAGAUAUUUUCAUUCUCUCUCAUUCAUUCCAUUCGUGCCAGCUCUAGUGAAUCGACCUGAAGCAUAUGUACUAUAAAAAAUUUAAAAAUAUUAUUUUUUCAUUUAAUAUUAAAUUUUUAAAAUAUUAUUUAAGGAAAAUAAUAAUUAUUGUGUUAUUCCUCUUAGCAAUUGGUGCAAUUUUAGCGGCCGGCCCUUAUGUGUUAUCCAGUUGUAAACUGUAUAAUAAUCAAGUUAAUAUAUUUUGGAAAGGAGUGAAGAGAUGUAACAUUUGGUUGGAGUAGGUAUGUGUGUUUUACAUUAAUAUUUUAAUAUGUACCUAUUCAUCGUAAGUCAAUUACAAUGAAGGAUGGUGUUGUUUUAUUCUGUAAUUUAAACCAAUAAAGAUAGAAACA